AUGGCCUUCCUCUGCGGCGGCUGGUCGGCGCGCGACGCCGUCGAGUGCGCCGACGCGCGGCCCGUCGACGCGGCGUCGAUCCUCUGCGACGACGACGACCACUGGUCCGGGCGGCCCAGCGACGAGCCGUUCCGGCGGGAGCGGGCGCGGCCGCGGGCGAGCUCGGCGCGCUUCGACGUCUCGAAGCUCGCGCCCCGCGCGGAGGAGGCGCUGCCCCUGCUCCAGUGGCGCGACGUCGACGUCGACUUCAACGGCGCGCGCGCCGUCGCCGGCGUCAGCGGCGCGCUCCGGUGCGGCGGCUUCGUGCUCGGCCCGUCGGGCGCGGGCAAGUCGACGCUCCUGGACGUGCUCACGGGCCGGCUGCGCGCGACGCGGGGCUCGUGCCUCGUCCUCGGGCGGCGCCACUCCGCGGCGGCGUUCCGGUCCGUCGCGGCCUUCGUGCCCCAGGACGACUGCUUCCUGCCGCACCUGCGGACGUGGGAGGCGCUCUACUUCGUCGCGCGGCUCAAGCUCGCGGGCGCCGGCGUCCGCGGCGCGCUGGCCGCGACGGACGCGCUCCUGGCGACGCUGGGCCUCGCGGAGAAGCGCGCGGUCUUCGUCGGCGGCACGCUGUCCGGCGGGGUCGUCGUCCGGGGCCUCUCGGGCGGCCAGCGGCGGCGGCUUUCGUUGGCGACGGGCCUCGUCGGCGACCCGCGCGUCUUCCUCAUCGACGAGCCCACGUCCGGCCUCGACGCGGCGUCGUGCCUCAAGGUGCUCUGCAGCAUCCACCAGCCGCGGUCCGCGGUCUGGCUCCUGCUGGACACGGCCUACUUCCUGAGCCGGGGGCGCCUCGUCUUCGCGGGCCCGACGGCGGGCGCGGUCGACUGGUUCCGCACGCUGGGCUACGUCGGACGGACCUUCGAGGGCAACGCGGCGGACUUCGUCCUCGACCUCACGGCCGUCGACUUCGACAAGGCCCCCGAGGUCUUCGGCAAGAAGACGAUGCGCAGCGACGACGACGUCGCGCGCGCCGCGGACGCCUUCGCGGAGCGGCGGCCCGCGGAGGCCCUGAUCGCGGCGCCGCCGUCCGCGGCGCCGCUGCCGCCGGCGCCGCGGCCGUCCUACGCCGUCCAGUGCCGCGUGCUCGCCUGGCGCGUCGCGCUCGGCCAUCUGCGGCACCCCGGCAACUUCGCGGCGCGCGCGGUCCUGACGGUCUUAUGCGGCCUGCUGUGCUGGGCCGUCUUCGGCGCGCAGGCGCCGCAGGACCUCGCGGAGCUCGAGACCGACCCGGACGCGGCCCUGAGGCACGCGACGUACCGCGGCGCCGCGUUCACGAUCCCGCUCUUCGUGACGCUGAUCUGCUUCGUGCCCCUGGGCUGCCUCAUGUUCUUCAUCCGCGAGCGGCGGGGGGAGCUGUAUUCCUGCGCGGCCUACGCGCAGGCCUACGCGGCCGUGGAGCUGGUCUGCGUGGUCCUGAUCAACUUCCCCGUCGCGGCGGUCUACGAGAUCGCCUGCGGCUUGGGCGGGACUCCGCCGGGCUACGCGGCGGCCGUCGUGCUCCUCGGCGCCAUGUUCGGCCAGGUGAUUCUCUGCGCCUGCGCCGUAUCGCCGUCGGGCGACGUCGCCUUCGUCUUCGCCGCGGCGGUGUUCAUCCACGCGUUCGUGACGUCGGGCCUGCUCGUGUCGCUGCGGACGCUCGCGCCCGCGCCCCGCGCGCUGUCGCUCCUGAGCCCGCUGCGCUUCGCCUACGACCUCGUAUUGCGCGUCGAGCUCGGGCCGGCCUACGCGGCGCGCGAGGGCUACGACGCGACCUUCGAAAGCUCCGUCGGCCGAUCCUGCGGCGUCCUCGCGGCCAUGUUCCUCUUCUACCACGGCGCGACCUACCUCGGCCUGCGCUUUUUGUACCGUAAGGCCUAG